UUUAUUAAUCUGCUUGAGCAUUUCCUUUUUUAAGUGCAUUCGUUCAUCAUAACAUAGAAGGUGGUGAUCAUAAUUCUCUUGAAUAUGUUUAAUGAUUGUGCAAGUAUGAUCGUAAGUAGUUUGAACCUGAAUACGGACAAAAGCUAAAGUGUAAUAAGAGUUCGAUAUAUUGUAAAGGAAAUUCUGGGGUGUUACAAAUAGAUCCAUGAAUCGGAUCCAAUGAUCCAUAAACCGAACCCAUUGAUCCAUAUAUUAGAUCCGUGGAUCCUUUGACCAGCUCCAUGGAUCCAUAAAUCGGAUCCAAAGAUCCAUAAACCAGUCACUAGUCGAGAGUCAUAAAAACUUACCGCAAGUCUUUGAGGAUACACCUUUUCCUGUUCAAUAUAAGUAUGGUACAACAUCAAUACAUCGUAUUUGGUAAUUAUGGGAAAUUAACGCACUUUAUAAGUCAAAUAACAUUUUAUCGUUCCAAUGACCAUUAAGUGGCUUGGUUUCCAUUUAAAAUGGAGUGUAAGGGGUCAAAUGUAUGUAGCAUUAGCCUUGUUAUUAUACAUGUUUGAAUCUGUGACCUAUUGUCAUGUUAGCUUCUGAGACCAUGUUAAGGAACCAAUCUAACUAAAAGUUUAAGACGAUGGUUAAAAUCCCAGAAUAUAUAAUGUAACAUACUCUAACAAUACACUUAUUAGUAAAAAUAAAUUUGUUGUUUCUGGUGAACCCUUGAUAAAAAAUAUCAAUGGCAAAUUCACAUAAAUUAAAAGUGCAUAUCAUUUGAUAUUAAAAGUAGUUCUAUAAAGAAAAAAAAAGUAUGAUGAGCUUAUAGCAGUGCAAGUGUUCCAUCUAGAGGUGUUCAUUCGGGUCAUCGGUUUGAUUUCGUAUCGGUUCAAAAUCGAAUUUUGUGACUACAUUGGUUUUAAUAUAACUACAAAUCUAUUUUUAAAUCGAAUCAAAUCGAAUUCAGUUAUAAAGUUAGGUAAAUAUUGGAUCAUCGAAUUAGUUUUGAACAACUCUACUGAUAAGUAAUGGAGAAGAUUAUAACCAAACAAAAUACUCCAUUAUGUGCUUAUGUUAUGACAAUUUAAAACACGCUCCAGAAAAGAGCGUGACCACGUAUUAGAGUUGGCCUUUACAACAUUGUUUAUGGAAGAUUAACCAAUAGGCCAAAAACGAAGGGGAAAGCCUACUCAUGACCGUUCACUUCUCUUGACGCCGGUGAUCCAAUUCAAUCAUUUCUUCAUCAACUUUCUCAAUUACGUCAACUAAUUCCAUCUUUCUUUUGGGUUCUCUUCAAAUUUAAGAGGAUGGUUUGGAUUCUUUUGUGAUAUUGUCAGUUGGCAUUGGAUGUUUGGAAGUACUUUUAUGCACGUUGAAUUGGUAAGAUCUGCUUUUCAAAGUAACUUAUUUUAAUACAGUGGCUGAAAUUGGAAGUUGACUCCAUUAUUUGUUUAUGUCCAAAUAUGGAGCGGAACCAUGCUUUGUCCAUUCAGUGCUCUGGUCCUCGACAAUUGGGUGCCUCUGGAGCUCUGUCUUCAUCAUUGCCAGUCCUUCCAAGCACAUUGGAAGAGAAGUAUCCUAAAUUGCCUGACUCCCAACAAGUCACCAUGGAAAGGGAACUUGUUAAUGACCCAUUACUGUUCCAUCCCCAUCCAUUGCCAUCUAGUAGUAAAAUUGUUGGACAUAUGUUAUCAUCUUCAAGCUCCUCUAACAAUGUUCAUUUCUCUCUUGCCUCCCAUGAAAAACAUUCUAACUCAUAUAUGACUCCAUCUGCUAGUAACGGGUCAUCAUUACCUUUACUUCAGUCAACUCACACAAAUCUUAUACAUUCUUCAGCCUCGGAUAAUUAUACCAAAGGAAACAACAACUUUUCAUGGUGCUCGGGUUUAGGACCUGGUUUCCCUGACUUUCCCUUUCACACCGCCCUACAGAAUGGCCACAUACCGUUUAACACUGAUGGUGGCAGUAAUAUUGUAACACAUGAGGAUUUUGUCAAGAGAAAUGAUUGGCAGGAAUGGGCAGAUCAGCUAAUAGCUGAUGAUGAACCUUUAAGCUCUAAUUGGAGUGAGCUGCUUGUGGACACCAAUGUUGUGAAUCAUGAAACGAAGAUGUCAAACAAAAUGGUUGAUUCAACCUCAAACUUGUCGUUGCACCCAAUGCAAGGUCAACAGAAGUUUUCUGUUUCAUCAGCAGAAGUUGCUGCAGUUGCAGGAUCUGCUCCUGGUGCCAGUGCCCCAGCCAAGUCACGUAUGCGCUGGACACCAGAACUUCAUGAAGCCUUUGUGGAGGCUGUCCACAAACUCGGUGGCAGUGAAAGAGCUACUCCAAAGGGCGUUUUGAAGCUGAUGAAGGUUGAAGGCUUGACCAUCUAUCACGUCAAGAGCCAUCUGCAGAAAUACAGAACAGCUAGAUACAGGCCAGAUCCCUCUGAAGGAUCAUCAUCUGAGAAGUCACCAGCUCCUCUUGCAGAUUUUUCAUCUCUAGACUUGAAAGCGGGUAUGGAUCUCACAGAAGCGUUGAGGAUGCAGAUGGAAGUUCAAAAGCGUCUGCAUGCGCAGCUUGAGAUUCAAAGAAAUUUACAGCUUCGGAUAGAAGAACAAGGGAGAAAUCUACAGAAGAUGCUUGAGCAGCAAUCCAAGGCUGGUGGUGCUCCCAAGCUCAAAAUUGAUUCUUUGACAUCCGAAGAUCCUCCCUCUGAGAAUCCACAAACAACUGGGCAGGAUAAAAGAUCCGAGUGUGCACCUUCUCAAGAUCAAAACAGCGGAAAGCUAACUGAUGCUCCCUCGACUCCUAGAGAGACUACUGAGAGGAUUGGAAGGGAAGGAAAAAUACCUAACCCUUGUGAUCAAGAUUUGUUGGACCUACACCCAACAAAACGCAGCAAAAGGUCUGAGACAAAGACAAAUGUAUUUGCAUCCCCAGAAACCCCCGAAGACUCGUAAAAUCAUUUGUUGAAGGAAAACGCUGCUGCUGGUGUUUAGUGUGGUAGAUCCGUAGAUGUAUUGAAGGUUGUUUGAUUUGUAUGUCACUGAUAUAUGUAAGAUGGGAACAUAGAUGUUCCUUUCCCCAUUCGCUACAAUGUUCCGUCUAGUCUAGAUGAAGGAAACCUAGGCACUGGUUUCUUUUUAAGUUGAUCCCUUCUUGGUUAUGGCAUCUGAUGUAGCAUUUGUUCUCUCAGCCUGUAAUAUUUGAUUUUCAAAGUGAUUACUGAGUAAUGCAA